GCGGACGGGGCGGACCAGUAUGCAGCUGGGGCUCCGCUGCGGGAUGGAGAUGGGGCUCAGCAGCGGGAACAGCUGGUUUUCGGCUCCGCCAGGGAACACCCGCCCGUUGCCAUGGCAACUGCAUCCCCAGGUGUCACAGCCUCAUCGCACCUCUUUGACUACAGCUCCACUGCCAAUGGGGGCGACAGCUCUUUCUACACCUCUCUGAUUUCGGACGUCCACUACACCACCCCACGGGACUCCACCUAUUUCACUGGAAUGUAUAAGCAGGAAAACACCCCCAUUCCCUGUUCGGGCAGCACAGAGGGGUUUAACACGCUGGGACAUCCUGUUCAAGAUGUGACUGGGUUUGAGUCCCGUGGCUUGUUUAGCUCAGAUUCGGGAAUAGAAAUGACUCCUGCAGAGUCUACUGAAGUUGAUAAAACCUUAGCAGAUCCCAUGAAAGUAGAAGCUUAUAAAUACAUGGACAUAAGUAGAUCAGAAGAAAUAAAAUACCAAGAAAAACAUGACCCUGACUCAGAAGAUGAGAGCCCAGGCCAUAUCGAUAAGUCUUCAGAGGGCGCGAAGGCAGCCAAAGAGCAAGACCUGCUUGAAGACACAAGAUCUGGUGAUCAGCAUGGUGCCUCUGUGAUUACAGCCCCUGUCAAGAUCACGCUCACUGAGAUAGAAAGCGCAGGGGAAGCUGCCAGCAAAGAGUCGAGCCCAACUCAGCCGGAGACCGGCCUGAAGCCGAGCCAUGAGGUGGUACCAACAGUGACGGUGUCAGAGCCAGAAGAUGACAGCCCGGGGUCUGUCACACCACCAUCCUCUGGCACAG